CCGGAGCCUAAUUAUUUGUAUUUUGUAUCCUGCCCGUGCCUUAUUCUACUUCUUUCCUUUUCUUUACCCCCGGCAUUUUAUUGUUGAAAAAUUAUUACCAUAAAUUCUACACUUCUAUCUUGAUCUUUUAAUUUUACUUUUAUUUUAUUGGACAAUUCACCAGACGUUCUUCUUUCGCUGUUCCAUCACAGUGUCUCACCCGGCGUCACCGAACACGGCCAUCUUUCUGCACUCAGCCUCUGCCCCGCCAAAGAAAACAUCCCACCUUGGACAUCUUUUUGGGCCGGCAGACUUGGCCACUUCACCCAACUUUUGCCUCAUCUUCGCUCAUAUUUGCAUCUAAGUCAUGGGCUCUAUUCCUGACAAGACUGUAACCAACACCGCAAACAUGGACGAUCUCGGCUACACCCCCAACAUCAAGGUCUCGGAGCCAUGGACCGUUGAAAAGGCCAUGGAACAUGUCGACAAGGGCAAAUCAUUUGAAGGAACUCCCAUCGCCUUUUUCCACAUCCUCGAACGCCUCAAGACGACCAAGCGCGAGGGCUGGAGACGCUUCGGAAUCAACCGCGGCGAAUCCAUUGCCGAUCACAUGUACCGCAUGUCGCUCAUCUCCAUGUUUGCGCCGCCUACCCUGGCCCCCAAGCUGGACAUGGCCAAGUGCAUGAAGAUGUGUCUCAUCCACGACAUGGCCGAGCUUCUCGUCGGCGACAUUACCCCCGUCGACGGUGUCCCCAAGCCCGAAAAGAGCCGACGCGAAACUACAACCAUGGAAUACUUGACCAAGACGCUUCUCGGCGGCGUUCACAACGGUGUGACGGGCGAACACAUUAUGGAAAUUUGGCAAGAGUACGAGGACUCGCAGACACUCGACAGCCACUUUAUCCACGACGUCGACAAGAUUGAGCUACUACUCCAAAUGAAUGAAUACGAGCGCCGAUCGCAACGAGCCAUCGACCUGGGCGAGUUUGCCUGGGUUUCCAACAAGGUCACACUUCCCGAGAUGAAGGAAUGGGCCGCAGCCUUGGUCAAGGAGCGUGAGGAGUUUUGGGCUGGCCAGACCACCGUGCACGGCCAAAACGGCGUUGAUGGCGGCCUUAACGAGACUGAGAUUGCGCAGAGAGACGAAUACUACAAGCGCGACUGAGCAAUCAGUGACGACAAGAUGGCGUUUUCCUUUGUUAUUACGACGAGCCGCGGGAUAGACGAAAAGACAGAUGGCCGCGGGGCACAAGAUAUCCUUUUAAUGAUGGAACAAUGGGGACCAGAUGUUAGAUUCUUUUUUUCUUUUGUACUUGUGAGACAUGCAGAUAAAUGGCAGUGGUGGCGAGCAUGGCGUGGCGAGUGGAUGGGCACAGAGUUAUGCUGGUGUCUCGCAUGGUGUAGGGCGUUCCUAGCAUAUCCUAUUUUAAUGGCACAAUUGACAAGAUG